GUAAUAUGAGCAGUCCCUCCCCCUCUUUGUGUGUAUAAAUAUGAGUGUUUGAAGGAGGAGCUGCAGCUUUUCAGCUGGGCCUCUUUAGUUCAACAGAAAAACUCUCCGACAGCAGCAUGCUGCCACCAAACCUGUUAGUAGUGUCAGUGGUCGUCUUUCUGGCAACGACUGUUUCUAUGGCUCCUGUGGAGGAGAAGGAGCAGGAGGAGGUGGAGGUGGAGGCCACAGAGGAGGGGGAGGGGGAGCUGUCCGAGGAAGAGGAGGAUGAUGAUGACUCGAAGAGUCAGGAUAAGAUUGAUGAGGCAGGAGUUGUUGGCGUGCAGCAGACCACCACGGCGACAGCAUCCGGAGGUUCAGGUGUUUUGUCCAACAUUCAGGAUCUGAGCGCUUCCAGCAGUCAGUCAGCACGAGGAGGAACAAAUGAUGGAACAGCAGGAAGUUCUGCAGCAGCUGGAGGUCCGAGCAGCUCAGCAGCUUCACAACCGACAGGUUCUUCGGGUUCUUCAGGUUCUUCAGCAACAGCAGUAGAACUCUCUGGUGUCUCUGCUGCUCAACCUGCAGGUUCUGAUGGAGUCGACUCAGAGUCCAACGGUAAGGGACAAAAGCUACUGAAUGGAGGAGGAGGAGGGGGCGGAGCUGACAGUCAGACAGGUGUUUUGGGUUUGUUUGGGGGCAGAGUUUCUCACCUGGAUUAUACAGGUGAGUGUCCAGGAACCAUCGACCCGUCCAGUCAUGACUUUCUGCUCGGCCUGAUGGAUGGAGGUGAUCCAUUCGGACCAGGUGUUCACAUCAACAUCCCAGGUCACAUGACUCCACCCACUCAGCUGGACUCUACAGUGAUCAGUUCAGAUGUCACAGCAGCUCCGUCUGCAGAGCAGAACAGCGGCUCCAGUCUGGACUCACCUGCAGAUCCUGCUCAUCACUCUGACAUCAUGAUCGACCAAUCAGGACCAGACCACACCUCUCUGAGCUCAGGACCUGAUCAAUCACUGUCCAGCUCUGUCUCAGGCUCCUCCCACUCUGCAGCCCAGGAAGGUGCAGCAGCUUCAUCAUCUUCAUCACACAGUGAAGCUCACAGAGUACAGACAGACGGAGCCGACUCAGCUGAUGCUAAUGGAAAUGGUCGACAGACUCUGCUGAUGGACACAAACGGAGCAGGUGGAGCACAGUCAGUGACGGGUCUUCACAUUGAACUCACAGCGCCAGGUCUUGGACUCAGCCAUGAUGUCACAGAGUCGUCCCCCGUCAUCCUCCACACAGAGUCUGUAGACAGCUUCACACACACACUGCACCCAGCUACAGGUGGUUACUCCCACACAGACCUGGUUACUGUGGCAACAGACUCCACAGGGACAGACACAGUUUCAGCAGAUCCAACAGGAACUCCACUUGACUCCAGUCAUCCAGCUGUGACAGAUCACACACAGAUGGCUGGUUCAGUCACUGAACAGUACAACCCAUCUGGUCAGGGUCCUGAAGGUGCAGAAAAUGUGGAACUGGAGGAUACCUGCUGACUUCCACAUCAAGCCGCAGGUUCGAUUCCUGCGCUACCGAUUCCAGUGUACUGACCAAUCAGCAUGGCCCAGGAAAGCAGAUCCCUCCCACUAGCUGUAGGCCCCGCCCACUGAGCGUCAGCGGCUCGUUGGUGUUUUUUUUAUAUUUAAAAGUUUUGUUUAUAGACAUUUAUUUUGUUUUAGAGAGUGGAAAUAAAUACAGAUAAAUAAAGUUUCAGCUGAAUCCCCACCAAAGUUUGGUGAUUCUGUUUUGACUUCAUGACAUCAUACAGGAUGUGACAUCAUCUUCACUGUCGGCAUUGUAAAAUGUGGUUUUGAACUUCUACAAUAAAUGUUUUUGUCUAUUUUGAACAUCAAA